CCUGCACACACGCCACGGUGGACUUCGAAAACCGUAAACGUUGUGACUGUCGUCCCGUCGUGCUACCGGCGACUGAUUAUAGGAGUUUAAGUCGCCAAUUCUAUUGAUCGUUUAUCAUCUCAACACCGGCUACAACGUCACAAUAAUAUCGUCGAACAGUUUUGCGGUACAAAUCGAAUCGUUAAUCGUUAUUCUUCUCGCACGUCCGUUUUUCGUCCUCCGUUUCCGUACUCGCGAGUCUUUCGCCGUCUGCACCACAUACCCACGACACGGCGUGCUUGCCAGCCAGCCGUUGGUGGUCCGUCAGAUGUGCAUCGCUGCGGAGUGACGACCAAGACAAUGGCGCAAGAACACAAAAACAACGGUCAGAUCGUUGAGAUGCAAGACAAACCGGACGGUUGUCUGUCGCCGGCCGACGAGGAACGCGAACCCUGCCUGAAGGCUUCCGACUCGGCGCCGGCCACCGAAAAGAACAACGGCACCUUGGCCGCGCCGCCGCCGCCACAGCCCGUGGACAACAACAACGGCACCAGCAACGGAAAGUUCUACGCGUUCGCGGCCGCCACCAAUCUGGAAGAGAAGUUCCGGGCCAAGACCGGCUUCUCCAGGACGGGGCUGGCCGUGGCCGUGGCCGCGUUGCUCGUGUGCAUCGUCCUGUUCGUCACGGUGGUCGUGCUGGUCUUCAUGUGGCCGUCACCGCCGCGCAACUUCCCUAUCUGCCGGAGGGCCGCCUGUCUCCGAGCUUCGGCCGAGGUUCUGCCCAAAAUUAAUUUUACUCAACAGCCAUGUGAAAAUUUUAGAGAAUAUUCUUGUGGAGGAUGGCUACAAACAAACGACUUGCCGGCGUACAUGAGUUCGUGGAGUUUAAAAAAACGCAUUCAACAAGAUCAAAAAAUAAAGAUCAGGAACAUGGUUGUUACGCUAAGAAACGUUGCUAGUUCCACCUCGUUGAACUGGAAGAUGAAGCAUUUCUACGAAUCGUGCGUGAACUUGGACAAUAUUGAAACAGAUGAAGGAAAACCUUUAAAGAAGAUUAUUAGUACAAUUUUAGGUGGUUGGCAUGUAUUGAAAGAUUUUGACGUUCAUGCGUGGGACGUGACUAGAACCAUUGUACAAUUACACGCCAAAUACAGCGUCAGUCCGUUUUUCAAGAUAGACGUUGUUCCUGACGAUAAGGUUUCAGGCCAGAACAUAAUUCAGAUAUCUCCAGCAGGACUAGGCUUACCCGACCGAAGGUAUUACUAUAGGCAGCAAGAUAACAAAAUAGUAACCGCAUACAAACAGUACAUGGUGGACGUAUCACAAUUGCUGGGUGCUACCAGUGGUGACGCAUCGAUAUUCAGUAACGACAUGUUCCAUUACGAAAAACGCAUCGCGGAAAUAACGCCAGCUAGUAAACAAGAGGAUCCAUUUAAUUCCCACCGACGGUUUAAGCUUUCGAAACUGAAAGAAAUUGCUGGAAUGAUCCCGCUUUUGGACAUCUUGCAAUCAAAGUUUCCAGAUAGUAACAUUAGCGACGACACGUUUAUCUCGGUUGUGUCGCCGACUUAUUUUAGUAACUUAUCUAAUCUGAUAUCAUCGUCAGAUCGCAGUGGAUUAAACGACUAUUUCAUGUGGAAAAUGGCUGAAGCUUAUGUCCCUUAUUUGUCGGUUAAGUUUAGAGAAAUUGUCAAAAUUUACAUGGCUGAGCUUACAGGCGAAAAAGAUUUGCCGCCUAGAUGGGAGAUUUGCGUUUCUUUGCUGCAAAAGUUUAUGGGAUUCGGUAUAACCGCUUCGCUGGAACCUAACAUCGAAAACAAAUCAGGCGUUGUAGCUGUAGUGAAAGAUGUUUUCGAUAACAUUAAAAAAACAAUCAUAUCAAAUGUUUACAAUAACAACGACUUAGAAUCUGAACUGCGUGAUCACGUUUUAAACAAGUUGGAGUCAUUAACAGUACAAAUUGGAUUACCAGACAAUAUGCUUCAAGAGAAUUACGUGAAUCAGUUUUACAACCAGUUGCCUAUUCAAAAGCUCGACUUCUUUCAAAACGUUAAUUAUGCCAUAUCAUUCCUCACAGAAUAUUCGCAAAUUAAACUAAAAUCCAAAAAAGAAGAAUAUGGGUGGCUGGAUGACUUGGUGUCUGAAGAUCCUAAAGUAACGUACAACGUAGCUAGUAAUAAAGUAAUUGUACCACUGUCGUUGUUAUCUCCACCUUAUUUCGAGAUCGGUUAUCCCGAGGCUUUAUUGUAUGGAGGUUUGGGUGUAGAAAUCAGUUCAGCCAUUCUGUCCAGCAUAUAUCCACCAGGAGUGGCUCACGGCACAGAUGGUGUUUUGUUACAAGCUCACUCCACAGCCGUCAACCGAAGCAUCGGCGCCACCAUUGAGGCUCGCUCUUGCUUCGGUCAAUUCUUAAAGGACCAGCAGGUGGAGUUCACUAACAACACAGUACUGACAGCCAUGUUAUCAGUAUCGAGUGUUCGGUUUGCCCUGGAGAGCUUGUCGAAAAUAAGGCAAACUGAACCGCAUUAUCAUCAACCAGCCAUGGAGUCAUAUGAAUACGAUGCACUGUUCUUCAUUGGAUACGCACAAUCUCUGUGCACAAUUAAAUCUCCACAACAACAAGAUUUGGACACUAUGUAUAACUUGAUGUCUGACGAAUCUCUUUUAUUAAAAACGAUCUCUGAAUACUCAGAAUCAUUCAAAAGCGCAUUCAACUGCAUGGGGAAAUCGACGAAAGCUUGCAAAUACAUCUACUAAUCGAUAGUUUUGUAAACCUGUAAUACUAUUUUCAAAUUAGAGUGUAUCCGAGUUCUCAGAAAUUAUGCACCGACGAGUAUUUGAAAAUUUUUUUUCUCGUUCAUUAUCAUUAUUAUUAUUAUUAUUUUUAUUAUUAUUACUAUUAUAAUUAUCGAUAUCAUUUAUCAUUAUUAUUACUAUAACUUUUGUUUGCGAUAAAAUUUGCGCAAAUUGACCAUGACAUCAUUUUCGGACGGAGAGAUUAUCGCCAAUACGUAUUUUACAUAUUAUAAGUAUUUUUAUGUAUCUAUUCUAAAAAUAUAUUUGUGCUGCACAAGAA